GGAAUUCUUCCGAUAUAUUCAGGAUUGUGGCCUUCGUCGUCGUGGUUUGGUACGUGGUGAGUGACGUGAGGCUCCGGUGAGCCGGUGAGCGCGGCUGCCAUGCGCGCUCCGGCGCUGCCGCACGUGACCGCCUGCCGCGACCGCACCGCCGAGCUGGCCGCCGUGCUGCGCUCCCUGCGCGAGCGCCAGCUGGCGCCGGCGCCGGCCGGUCACGCCGCGCGCCCGGCCGGCCUCCUGCCACACGUCCAGUUCAUGGCCAUUGCGAAGCUGAUCGGCAGGGAUGUCGCGCAGACGUACGCCAAGCUGGAGAAGCUGACGCUGCUGGCCAAGCGAAAGUCCAUAUACAACGACCGGCCGCUGGAGAUUGAGGAGCUGACACACAUCAUAAGGCAGGACAUGGCCAGUUUGAACAAGCAGAUCCUGCAGCUGCAGGAGUUGGGCCGCGCCCGCACGCCGGCCGCUGGCCAGCACGUGCAACACUUCUCCAGUAACGUGGUGGUGACGCUGCAGUCCAAGCUGGCUGCCAUGUCGAACCAGUUCAAAGGCGUGCUGGAGAGACGCACGGAGAGCCUGCGCCAGCAGCGGCGGCGGCGGCAGCAGUUCUCGGGCAGCAGCGUCAGCGCCAGCCUGCCGCCGUCGGCGCUGAGCGGCUGCCACCGCGGCUCGGUGCUACUCGCCGACGAGGAGGCGGCCGCCCGCGCGCACGCGGCCAUCGACAUGAACGGCGCCGCCGCCUCCCUGCAGAUAUUCGCCGAGGAGCAGGAUGCGUUCCUAUACGAAAGCCGCUCGGAGGCGAUGAAGAAUAUCGAGUCGACGGUGGUGGAGCUGGGUACCAUCUUCCAGCAGCUGGCCCACAUGGUCCAGGAGCACGGCGAAAUGGUGCAGAGGAUUGACGCCAACGUGGAAGACACGUCGGUCAACGUGGAGGCGGCGCACUCUGAGAUCCUCAAGUAUUUCCAGUCGGUCUCCUCCAACCGCUGGCUUAUGGUCAAGGUGUUCGGGGUCCUCAUCACCUUCUUCCUCGUCUUCGUCAUCUUCCUGACGUAGCAGGACGCCUGCGUUGCUGAGUCUUCGGAUGCGUGCGGCGUGGAAGGUGGUGGAGAGAAUUGAUAUUUGAGUAUGUGUAGGGACCAUCGUGUGUUUAGCUGGCUCUGUGGGGUGUUGCCGCCAACAUGAUGUAAGUUGGGGACAUGCGCAGCGAUGCGGCUAGAUGUGUAUGAAUCACACCAAUGCAUGCGAUGGGUAAGGAGUGCGGUGCGCCCAUCAGCUACUUCAAAU